AUGCUCAGAGCCGUGGGAAUGAUAGAAGCUGGUUCCCGGCAACGUACUGUGGCUUUAGCUCUGAAUACAAGUCAGAGUGUUAUCAGUCGACUUUGGACACGAUACCGAAGCACUGGUACCGUGGCUGAGCGCCAUGGAGGACGGUAUCGCUGCACCACACGGAGACAAGACCGAUACAUUCAAAUCUUAACUCGAAGAGCUCCAACAAUAACCGCCAUGAUGUUAGCCGUGAGGCUUCAUCACUCUUCAGGGAACUUAAUUAGCGACCAAACAGUCAGAAACCGCUUGCAUGAAGUGAACCUUCAUUCCCGAAGACCGCUACGGGUACCACCUAUAGCAAUGCACAAUCGUAGGAUUCGAUAUCAAUGGGCUCUUGAACACAGAAAUUGGGCAGAAGAACAAUGGCGUUUCGUGUGCUUUUCUGAUGAGUCUCGUUUUGGUAUGAGACCGGAUACAAGACGUAUACGACACUGGAGAACCCCUGGACGCCAACAGCGAUUAAAAUCCUGCCAGGAAGUCCAUCCUUAUAGUGGUGGAACCAUCAUGGUAUGGGCGGGUAUUUGGAUCGGCGGAAGAACUGAGUUGAUUUGGAUCAGAGGCAACCUCAACGCUCAAAUUUAUGCUGAGACGAUUGUAUCAGACGUCAUCGUUCCUCUACAAGUGCAAAUCGGUCCCUUAUUUCAGUUAAUGCAUGAUAAUGCACGACCGCACACCGCAAGAGUUGUAAGACAGACUCUCGCCGCAGCUAACAUCAAUGUCCUGCCCUGGCCUGCUCAGUCGCCAGACUUGAACCCGAUUGAGCAUGCAUGGGAUAUGCUACAGAGAAGAGCUCUGCCGAAUAUGGAGGGUAUCCAGUCGCAAGAAGACCUUUUUUUGUUGUUGCAACGAACAUGGGCGGCCAUUCCACAGCGUGAUUUGGAUGAACUCAUUUUGAGUAUGCCAAACCGAUGUUCUUGUGUUGCAGCAGGCCCCGCAUGCACCGAAUUAGAAAUAAUCAUGCUUGACUGGAUGGGGAAGGCGAUUGGAUUACCACCGGCAUUUUUAGCACUUGAGGAAGGAAGUAAAGGAGGUGGUGUGAUAGAGGGUUCAGCAAGCGAGUGCGUGUUGGUAUCGAUGCUGGCGGCCCGUGCAAACGGCAUCAAGCACUUAAAGCACCAGUUCCCCACGGUGGACGAGGGUCUACUUCUGUCAAAACUCAUUGCAUAUUGUUCCAAAGAGGCGCAUUCGUGCGUUGAGAAGGCAGCAAUGAUCUGCUUCGUGAAACUGCGCAUCCUACAGCCAGAUGAAAAUGGCUCACUAAGAGGGGAGACCUUAAAAGAAGCCAUGGAAGAGGAUGAGGAAGCUGGCCACGUACCUUUUUUUGUCUCCAUAACAUUGGGGACUACGUCCUGUUGUUCUUUCGACAAUCUGCCUGAAAUUGGACCAGUGGUGCGCAAGUUCCCUUGUGUGUGGCUUCAUGUGGAUGCAGCGUAUGCUGGCAGUGCGUUUCUUUGUCCAGAACACAAGCACCACUUAGCUGGAGUAGAAUACGCAGAUUCCUUCAACACAAACCCCAACAAACUCAUGUUAACUAGUUUUGACUGUUCCCUCCUGUGGGUGAAUAAUCGAUAUUUGUUGACAUCGGCCUUAGUAGUGGAUCCCCUGUAUCUGCAACAUUGCUACGAUCACACUGCCAUAGACUAUCGUCAUUGGGGCGUGCCACUCAGUCGCCGCUUCAGAUCGCUCAAGCUUUGGUUCAUGCUGAGGAGUUACGGCAUCAGCGGAUUACAGAAAUAUGUGAGGCGGCAUUGCGAAUUAGCGAAAUAUUUUGAAAAACUCGUUAAAAAGGACGACCGUUUCGAAGUAUGCAAUCAAGUAAAGCUUGGUCUAGUUUGUUUUCGGCUGGUUGGCGGGCCGGACGAGACGCCGGAGCAAGUGGACGAGAUGAACAAAAAGCUACUGACGAACAUCAACGCAUCGGGCAAGAUCCACAUGGUGCCCGCGAGUGUGCGCGAGCGCUUCGUCAUCCGCUUCUGCGUGGUGCAGCAACAUGCCACGCGCGAAGAUAUCGAGAUUGCAUGGGAUAUUAUAACGGACUUCGCUACUGAGCUUUUGGAAGGACCAGACAAAGAACGCGAUUUGAACGAAGAGCGCGCACGUCGCAAUCGCGCUGCUCUGGCACACAAGCGGUCGUUCUUCGUCCGCAUGGUGAGCGACCCGAAGAUCUACAACCCGGCUAUCAACAAGACGCCGCCGCCCGCGCCCGUGACGCCCUGCUCGCCACCGCCCGCCGCCGCGCCCACCACGCCCGACACGCCUUCCGACACCGAUGUCCAACCACAAACACCGAAACAAUCGUCGUGGAUCAGUUGGCCUCUUGCUUUCUUCUUCCAAAGCGUUGAUAACGAUGCCAACGAUUUACCUCUAAGGUUCCGUCACCUAGACACGAUGGUGCGCCUGAAGAGCCCCGGCACGGCCAGCCGGCGCGGCUCCUCGCCGUGUCCGUCGCCGGAGCGCCGCGCGCCCUCGCCAUCCACGCACUGA